AUGUCAGACGAAGAAUAACCCCAAUGUGAUUAUCAAAAGUUCCUUAAUCAACUACAUACAGUUAAAAAAAUGGAUGAUGUUGAAGUCUUAGAUUCAAGUGAUGAAUUUUAAAUGGAGAAGAACGAGACUCAAUACAGUUAGCAAAAUAUUUACCAUUCAGGAUUGGAUGAAUUUGUUAUUCCACCUAAAGAAUAGGACUCAGUUUCAAUAGAUACUAAGCCCUACGAAAGUACAUAAAUUGUUAAACCAAAGAUUCAGCCCGUCUAAUUACCUCCUUUAUCGAAAAAGAUAAACAAAGCUAAUGAGAGAAAAUUUUGUUUUAAAAAUGUGGAAAUCAAUUAAUAGUUGCUAAAAUAUGAGACUGUUUUUUAUGAAAUUGAAAGCUAUAUUGAUGAAAAUGAUAAAGCACUUGUUACAAGACAAUAUUCCGAUUUUGAAUGGCUAUUCGAAGAGCUUGUUGAGAACUUUCCAGGUAUCAUUAUACCUUCCAUUCCUUAAAAGAAUAUGCUCGCUAAAUUCAAUAUCACAAGCUAUACUAGUUCUAUUCGAUCAUAGAGAUAAAAAGGUCUUGAAGAAUUUUUAAGAAAAGCCUUAAAUCAUGUUCAACUAAAAGAUUGUGAGAUUAUUGAAAAAUUUAUGACCUUGCAGGAUUAAGACUUUAAAAAACUUGUAUCGAACUAUUAAGCAUAAAAAUAAUAGAAAUUAUUGAUAAAUGUCAGUAAAAAUAUGGUUGUGAAUGCUUUUGGAAAAAUUGGAAACAUCUUUUUUAAUGCAUAAAACAAUGACAACGAAAUGGAAAAAUAUUGCUAAAUUGCUGUAUAAGAAAUCAAUAUAUAGAAAGUUAAGAUCAAGAAUAUAAGGGAUCAAUUGGAAAAGACCUUCCUCAAUAAAUAUGAAUAGAGCAAAUAAUUUAUGAAAUUAUCCACUCUCUAUGAUGAAAUUUAGAAUGAUAUAGGAUACAAGGAGCAUUUGAAUUCAAAAUGCGAAACCAUAUCAAUAGCAUUGAGAGAUUCAUUUGCCAAUGUUAUGCCAAUAAUCUACACGAUUGAUUAAUACUUAUUAGACAUGGAAGUAGUUUUGAAUAGUGUAAAAUAUAGGGCAGAUUUAUAGUAAUUGAUAACUGAUCAUGCUGCUGCUUUAACAAGUGCCAAAUAUACUCCUGAACAAUAAGCCUUGAUCUAGACAUAAUUAAAUGAUCAUUAAAAAAACAUGAGUAAGUUUGUGGAAAGCUUUAAAAACGAAUAUGAAACCUUUACAGAUCAAUAUAAUAAACAUUUUAAUAAGAUGAUGCAGACAGUAUUACAAGUAUGGCAAUAAAUCAAUACUCAAAUGUAAGAAACUUGGCUUUGA